AUGAAAAACCUUCAAACUUUGAAGAGCAUAUCGGUCGACACUUGGAUUAAAACUAAUCCAGAAGGGUUGGUUAAUCUUCGAGAGCUGCACAUAAAAAGCCGUUUCGAAAAAGAAAAUGAGUUCACGUUUGAUUCUAUUGCCAAACUAAAAACCCUUCAAAUAUUACGGGUUGAAUUUCCAUCAUGUACAAUUCAUUCGUUGCAACCACUCUCUAAUUGCGAAAAUCUGGUAGAAUUGACAUUAAGUGUGGCUCUAGAGAAACUACCGGAAGAAAUGCCUGCAUAUUUGCCAAAUCUUGAAUACCUAGAAUUAACCAACUGCAAACUCAAUGAUGACCCCAUGCCUACAUUAGAGAAGUUGCCGAACCUUACAGUUCUUUAUUUCGCCGAGGAAUCUUAUUGUUUCAGGAAACUUGUGUGCAGCAAAGGAGGUUUUCGUCGGCUGGAAAUUCUUGUAAUUUUGGGAAAAUAUUUUGAGGAGUUGCAAGUAGCGGAAGGAGCUAUGCCUGAGCUUAGAAGUUUCUUAGGGACGUAUUUAAUAAUUCCAGAAAGACUGAAAAAGCUCCCUCUCCCAGCCGAGUGGGAAUACGGAGAUGCAUAUCAGCAUGAAAUUUAA